AUGCUCCGCCGACUUUCCUCGAAGCCGUUCGCGGUGGUUCGACAGGCCACAUUGGCACUGAUCAAAGAAGUGGAAGAGUCCAGCGCUGGGAGCAGACUUGUUCUGACUGGACCUAGUGGGUGUGGAAAGUCGAUGUUGCUGAAGCAAGCAGUGGAAUACUGCGCACAGAAGGACUGGCUGACGCUGUAUAUACCCAAAGCUGCGCGUCUGGUGGAUUCGACGACGCCGUAUACAUACGACCUCCGUUCACGCACAUAUCUACAGCCCAAGGCGUCCUCUCAGGCCCUAAAGCGCUUCCUUGUGGCAAACUCGACGCUGCUGCAAAACCUCACGACAUCGCAAGACGUCGUUCUCGAAAAAGCAAUGAUACCUGCCGGAACUCCUUUGCCCAAGUUCAUCCAGGUCGGAUUGGACGAACAAUCCUCUAGCCCAGCCAUUCUCGACGCCUUGUUCCACAAAAUCGGGACCCAGACCGAUUACCCCGUUCUCCUAGCCAUCGAUGACUUCCAGGCUCUUUACUGUACGUCGCGCUAUCGGGAUCCCCACUUCAACUCAAUACGCCCCUACCACCUGUCCCUUCCAAGGUUGCUCAUGGAAUACGCCAGUGGAAAACGCACUCUCGCCCGAGGCACAGUCGUUGGCGCUAUAACCGACUCUGACCCCAGCUGGCGACCGCCUCUGGAACUUCGCACCGCCCUUGGAAUACCACACGGGCAACCCGUUAGUCCAUACGCGAAACGGUCCGAGACAGUCCGUCAAUACACGAAAGGCUUAAAACCAUUCGCCGUUCCCUCUCAACUGUCGCUUGACGAGGCUGCCUCGAUUUUCGAGCACUGGAAGUCGGGCGGAGCCUUUGAUUCUCCUGUGAGCGACGAGCUUUUCCUGGCGAAAUACUCAGAGUCGAGCGGCAACCCAAGGGAAUUUGUCUGGAAAGGUCUCCUCUCAAACUUCGAUCCACGAUAG